AUGUCCUGGUUCCAGAAAACCAUUUCGCUCCCGUCGAAAGCGCGCGGCUCGUACCUCAUCACCUCCCAUAUUGAGCAGUCGCUCCCCGAGCUCAAAGACUACAAAGUCGGCAUCUUACAUCUCUUUGUCCAACAUACUAGCUGCGCGCUGAGCCUGAAUGAGAACUGGGACGAGGACGUACGCGCCGAUAUGAGUGAUGCGCUAGACAGGAUCGUACCAGAGGAUAAGAAGCAUCAGGGCUUAUAUAGGCAUGAUGCCGAGGGAAGUGAUGAUAUGCCGGCGCAUAUCAAGUCGGCGCUUGUGGGCGCCAGUGUAACAAUUCCAAUCAGCAAUGGUCGGUUGGCGACGGGGACAUGGCAGGGCAUUUGGUACUUGGAAUUUAGGGCAAGCAGACAUUCGAGGAAGGUUGUGGCUACGAUCCAGGGAGAGAAAGCGUGA